AGAGAUAGAGAGAGAGAAGAAAUAAAAGAGAGAGGAGCUGUAUUCACAUGGACUUGUUCUUUCUCUCUCUUCUUCAUGCUCUCGUCUUCUCUCUCUCCACCAAUGAUCAUUACCAACAAAACUGAAUGAACCCAUUUGUUCCCUCAAUCCCUCUCUCUCUCUAUCUCUAUCUCACUCUUCUUUCUCUGCCUCUAACGCCAUGGCUGACGAUAAGGAGGUACCAGCUGCUGUAGUUAACGGACAUGAUCAAGUCACCGGUCACAUAAUCUCCACCACAAUUGGUGGCAAAAACGGAGAACCAAAACAGACAAUAAGUUACAUGGCGGAGAGAGUUGUCGGAACAGGCUCAUUCGGGAUAGUUUUCCAGGCAAAGUGUUUGGAGACCGGAGAAACCGUGGCGAUAAAGAAGGUUUUGCAAGACAGGAGAUACAAGAACAGAGAGCUUCAGCUGAUGCGUGUCAUGGACCAUCCUAAUGUGGUUUGUUUGAAGCAUUGCUUCUUCUCGACCACUAGUAAAGACGAGCUGUUUCUCAACUUGGUUAUGGAGUAUGUCCCUGAGAGCUUGUACCGUGUUCUGAAACAUUAUAGCGGUGCAAAUCAGAGAAUGCCGCUUGUUUAUGUUAAACUCUACAUGUACCAGAUCUUUAGGGGACUUGCUUACAUGCACAAUGUUGCUGGAGUUUGUCACAGAGAUCUAAAACCUCAAAAUCUUCUGGUUGAUCCUCUUACUCAUCAAGUCAAGAUUUGUGACUUUGGCAGUGCUAAACAGCUUGUUAAAGGUGAAGCCAACAUUUCCUACAUAUGUUCAAGAUUCUACCGUGCACCUGAGCUCAUAUUUGGUGCCACUGAGUACACGACUUCUAUUGACAUCUGGUCUGCUGGUUGUGUUCUUGCCGAGCUUCUUCUUGGUCAGCCGCUAUUUCCUGGAGAAAAUGCUGUGGAUCAGCUCGUUGAAAUCAUCAAGGUUCUUGGUACACCAACACGAGAAGAGAUCCGUUGUAUGAAUCCACAUUACACAGACUUUAGGUUCCCUCAGAUAAAGGCACAUCCAUGGCACAAGAUUUUCCAUAAAAGAAUGCCUCCAGAAGCUAUUGAUUUUGCCUCGAGGCUGCUUCAGUACUCUCCAAGUCUUAGAUGCACAGCGCUGGAAGCAUGUGCACAUCCGUUCUUUGAUGAACUCAGAGAACCAAAUGCUCGUUUACCAAACGGACGGCCUUUCCCGCCAAUCUUCAACUUCAAACAAGAGGUAGCUGGAGCAUCACCAGAGCUGGUUAACAAGUUGAUCCCAGACCAUAUCAAGAGACAAUUGGGUUUAAGCUUCUUGAAUCAGUCUGGAACUUAA